UUUGAUAAUACUCGGAUUAGAUUGGAAGACAUCAGGACAUCAAGUUGUUGAUCGCAAACAAAUUCAUGACUCUAUUGAUGUUCCAUAUAUUGAGUAAUUUUAAGAAACACCUACUGCAUCACUUUCCAAUCUUCAAUAAAUUCCAAGAUUCCAUAUCCCGAAUACCAAAAAUGGAUCCAGAACCAGGUAUGUAAUAAAUCCAGAAAAUGUCCAUGCGAUUAAUCAACUAUUCCUUUAGCUUUGGCGCCGUCAAAAAUACAUUUCGUAGUGCGUCACAGCCUUGCUAACAAAAUUUCCCCUCCUCAAUAGCAACACCUCUUUUCGAAGAAAGCUUUCGAAGUACCACUCCACCAGCACUCCCCGGACAUCCUCCUGCACUGAAGAAGAUGGCUUCCAUAGGAAAUAUUCCCCAAAAGAAGGAUUCAAAACAAUUCGAGUACACCUAUCACUCCAGAACCAAUCCCCCAAGAACCCCUCACUGACUCAUCAUCUCUGCAUUAGUAUAGUAGAAACCUACCACCGACUUCUCAACGAUGAUCCAGAUGUUACCAUGCCAGUAGCUGCCAUCGAAGCACUCAUUGAACUUCUCGCUUCCUCUCGCGCCGUCACUGUUUACGAAACCCUCGAUUUAGCUAAAACCCAAUCGGAUUAUUUGAAAUCUCGAAUUCCCAAUUCCAUAUCAUUAUCUGCUGGAACGGAUUUAUUUCAACGAUAUAUGAUACAAUCUUUAAAACCUUCCAGUACGGGCAAUUUCGAAACUGUACGACAGCAUCUUUUGAGUAAUGGAAGAUUGUUCGUUACGAGAGCGAAGCAGGCUAGAUAUACGAUAGCUACUUAUGGGAGAAAUUUUAUUAGGGAUGGAAGUGUGGUGUUAACUCAUGGGGGAAGUAGAGUUGUGGGGGCUUUGUUGGAUAAAGCGGCCGAGGCGAGAGCUACUGGUGGAAAUGUUAGAUUUAAUGUCAUUUAUGUUAUGAAUGAUGCGAGGAGCUCGGAGAGUAAAGCGGUGGUUACAUCGUUAAGGGCUAAAGGUGUACCAGUUGCUACGAUAUCAGAAGGAGCUGUAGGAUACGCUAUGGGGAAAGUCGACUUGGUUAUUGUUGGUGCCGAAGGGGUAGUAGAAAAUGGGGGAGUCAUUUCGAGAUUGGGAACAUAUCAAAUUGCGCUAUUGGCAAAGGCGGCAGGGAAACCUUUCUAUGUCGCCGCCGAAAGUCAUAAGUUUGUACGAUUAUAUCCUUUGGGACAAUAUGAUCUUGGGAUAGAUCAGGAGAUUAUCGAUUUUCGUACUGAGGAUGAUAGACCUGGAGAUCAAACUCCAACAACUGAGGAGAGGACGGAAUAUUUUAAACCAGACAAGAUUGAGAUGUCAAAAUUGGAUGCUGUUGAUCCAGUGGACUUUACGGUAAGUAGUGUCCAUUGAGAUUUUGAUAUAUUACUGAUUAUUUCAUAGCCUCCAGAUCUGAUCUCAGCACUCAUCACGGAAUCGGGAGCGUUGACUCCAAGUGCUGUUAGUGAGGAACUGAUUAGUUUAUGGUAUUGAGUUGUGGUAGUAGGAAGAGUAGGAAGAGGAACUACGCAACUAGCAAGUCCAUCUCGCAUACUCAAUGAUUCCAUGGCGUCAGGAGUACAAAACAAUUUUACCGACAGGAUAGUUGAUGAACGACCGCUAGGCCACUAGAGAUGAUACGAUACCCAUAAACGUCCUAUGAAUAUGAUCAGAUGAUAAUCUGAUAUUGUUGUUAAAUAUAGUCCAGGCUCGAGAGAUUGGAUGGAAAUUCGAGGUAGAAUUGAUUACCUAGAUGUGGAGAGAUACAAAUGUAUAUAGCUAGAUUUUUUCUGGGGUGUUUUUUAGAGGUUGAUAGAUAUCCAUCUAUGAAUGAAUGAGUGAGUGAGUAAUUUGAGAGGAUAAGAGAGGAGAGAGAAGAGAAAUCCAACUAGCGCGGAGACUGUAUCAUGAAUACUAGGUAUAUAUACGUAAAUAAACAUAUGACUUUAGUAGU